AUGAGAGAUCAGAAACUCUGGAGGUUCUCCUGGAUACUGACGGUACCAGAAGAAAUAAUCUCCUGGUUGCAGGUUGGGAUAAUUAUAGGACAGAAACAAAAACAUUUGAAACAUCUAGAAUCUGACUAUUAUGGACUUUCUCUGCUGGUCGCCUCACUGCUAACAGGAAUCCGCUGUGAAGGACUGACUGCGGUUAAAACAGAGAUCUCCAGCUUAGAGGGCAGCUCUGUCACUCUGUCCUAUAAUUAUCCCAACCUGCAACCAGGAGAUUAUUUCUUCUGGUACCGUCAGUAUCCAGGAGAACCUCCAGAGUUUCUGAUCUCUCAUGGUGAUAAAGGAUCAGUUCUAGCAAAGGUGAUUUCCAAACUUCAGAUUCACAUAGAAAACAAACGCCUGGACCUGCUGAUCUCCUCUGCUGCAGUGACAGACUCUGCUGUGUACUACUGUGCUCUGAAGCCCACAGUGACAGGAAACACCAGAACUCUGUACAAGAACCUGCAAUACUCCACAACAUCCACUAGAGGGCCUCACACACUGUUAAACCAGAGAGGCAGAGGAGCUCCAUCAAAGGAUCCUCCAUCUUUGACCUGCAGAAUGAAACAGAUUCUUCUUCUCUUGUUUUCCAUGUGCAUGUUUGGUUACUCUGAAUGUUUUUACAGCUGUGUGUUUUCUCACCUUCAGAACCAGACCAGAACCUGGCCCACAUAAACAACAGGAACAC